AUGGUACGAGGAGGCAGCACGGGUGCUCCGCCCCCAGCGGCUCCUGCUAUACUAGAGCAAGAGAAAAGGUCUCCAUUACAGCCACAGCAGCAGGGAAGAGUGCAGCCAGAAGUGGUUCCAGUACCAGUGCCGGUCCCUGCGCCUGCGCCGCCAAAACCGUCUAUAGUCAAGGCGCCCAAACACGCCAAAGUCAACCAGAAGGUAUGUUUAAAACUUUCACUUUCCAAAACAGCCUUGGCAUCAGCACGUUGGUGA